AUGGCUAUAACUAUGGAUUUGGAAGAGACUGCUUCAGACUCUAAACUCCAUAAAGAAAGCUUUGCGAAAAAAGAAUUACGGCCAUCUAGUGCGGUCUCCUUCUCCAAAUCUGAACAUGGACCAGAAACUUCGUCUUCGAUAGACCAACUAAAACAAUACAAAAGUUGGGUAAGCAAUGAAAGAUGGAAUGAGCUUAAAAAGGUUGCGGAUACGGCGAUGAGGGAACGGAAAGUGUUUAUGAUAAAGGGAGGUGGAUUCCCUGCGGUGCGUCGAGCACUAAUUGAAAGAGGCUGGAUUGAAAAAUAUGAAUCACAUAAGGUACGUCAUCCGCCUCCAAACGUAGAUCCGAAGAAAGUGUCUGGAAAAGAACUGUCUAAAGUUGAAAGAAUGAUUCUUUAUAAAUUUAUGGAGCAUCAUUCCGUUGAUUUUCUUUGGACAUCAAAAAGAGAUAAGUAUGAUUGGCUGCUAAGUAACAAAGAGGUUGUAAUAAGCAGAUUUUGCAGAUCUAUUUUUACAACUAAAGAAGGUUUAACCACUUCAUUAACUCAAAUGCAUUGGUACACAGAACCUGGAGUAGCACUAACAAAAUUUCCACGAUGCUAUAAUAUUCAUAAUUCUGACAGUCUAGAAGAGUUCAUUGAUGACUUCAGAAUAACAGCUUGUAUAAGCAUUUUAAAAUGGCUAUCCAACACGCUACAAGGGCAUAACGAACAAGAUCUAGUGAAAAGCAACGGAAAAGUCCCAUUUACUUGUAUUGAAUUUGCAAUUUCUCGUUUAAAUGAAUAUAUCUCUUUCUAUACUCAUAAAGAUAUUGACGACAUAGACGAGCAGACACAGCACAUAUGGGAACAUGAAUGGGAUCAAUUUCUUACGCAUCAUUAUCUCUUGGUACAUGAAAAUGCCAAAUUUUUAGAAGACAAAAAUACAAGCAUUGGGGCAUUGGAACGAAAAGCCACUAAGGUUUUAGCCAUGAUGACGAAAUUUUGGCCUCAGAUAGAUAUUGAUGGGGUUUUCAAUAUUUGGAUCGUAAAGCCGGGAAAUAAGUGCCGUGGUAAAGGCAUCCAACUUAUGAAUAAUAUCAAAGACAUUAUAGGCCUUAUCAAUAUUCCUGCGCAGAAGACUAGAUACGUCGUGCAAAAAUACAUUGAAAAUCCGUUAAUUAUUUAUGAUACUAAAUUUGAUAUUCGACAAUGGUUCCUUAUCACUAAUUGUCAACCACUAACGAUCUGGUUAUACAAAGACAGUUACUUACGAUUCAGUUCCCAAAUAUUCAGUUUGUCAAACUAUCAUGAAUCUGUACAUCUCACGAAUAACGCUGUUCAAACCAAAUACAAGAAUAAUGGCGAUCGUGACAAAGCAUUGCCCGACGAAAAUAUGUGGGACUGCCAUACUUUUAAAGCAUAUCUUAGACAGAUAGGAAAAUACGAAAUGUGGGAUUCAAAAAUAUAUCCAGGAAUGAAGCAGUGCCUCAUUGGAGCUAUGUUAGCAAGCCAGGAAACUAUGGACAAAAGACAGAAUAGCUUCGAAUUAUACGGAGCCGACUUUAUGUUGACGGACGAUUUUACUCCGUGGCUUAUUGAGAUUAAUUCCAGCCCUGAUUUGGCGCCAACUACAUCUGUCACUGCGAGACUAUGCCCCCAAUGCCUUGAAGAUGUGAUAAAAGUCGUGCUAGACAAACGUUGCAAUCCCGAUGCUGAUACCGGAACGUUUGAAUUGGCUUACAAACAAGUUAUUCCAAAGGCGCCGGCUUAUCUCGGACUAUCAUUAUGUAUAAACGGAAAGCGAAUUAUUAAAAAGCCAAGAGAACGGAAACACGAACAUAGAAGCGUCACUCCUAUAGCACCUCGCAUACCCUCCGGUGAUGUUAUUCCUGAUAUCGAUCAACCCAUUCCAUCAGAAUAUAGUGGCCCCAUAAUAACAGAUUUUUUGACGUGGUUAAAUCCAUAUGACGCCAUACCUAUGAACAGAGACGGUCUAUUACUGGGCCCCAAGGAUUCGCUUACGGACACAUCGAGGAAGACGCGAAAAAAACGGAGAAUCUAAGCGCCGAGUUGUACCUCAUUCCUGCUGCCGCCCAGAAGAUAACCUUUCUAAUAAUCACAAUAGUAAAUAUCGGACAGAAUCAGCAAGCAAAGCUGACAAGCCCAAGAUUGACAGGUCGGUUGGUAAUAAAAGAUGUUACAUAGACCCGGUCGAAUGGGAAAGGGAGACGGCCAGUAUCCUCAGAUCCACAAUAUCCGUUCAAAACAAAAUAUCAACACGAACUGAAACUGUUGUUCCUAUCAUACGACAAACUAAAUCUGGAAUCGUUAAUUCAAACCAUAAGCCUCUAUUGGAACCCUUAAGCUCACGUAGCUGUGUUGACAAAACAAAUACUAUAAAAAAGUUAAGCGCUAUAGGUAGAAGUAUUUGUAAACUCCGCGAUGAAAGUAGAGCUAAGAAAUCAAUAUCAUUUUCAAAAAGUUGUACCUCAAUUUACACUCCCUAUCGGGUAACAGUUACACCGCUUA